AUGGGUAUCUGGGGCCACCACAAUCUCGACCCUGUCGUCGAGCCUAUCGCCAUAUUCGAACAAUUUGUUUCGAGCGAGCCGCAGACAUUAGUCCUGAGAGAAAAGGUGCUCUCCGUCUCUGGGGACAGCUUCGAAAUCAAAUUGGCCGAUGGCCAGCCGAUUCUGAAAGUGCAUGGAGCCUGGGUAUCGCUUUCUGGUCGCAAGAAGGUCGAGGACGCCCACGGCAAGCAUCUGUUUGAUAUUGUCAAGGAGCAUCUGCACCUCCAUAGCACGUAUGCGAUCGAAGACCCCCAUCACAAGAAGGUUUGUGAGGUCAAGAGUAAUCUCACGGUACUCGGCUCCAAAGCCACCGCCACUUUCACUGAUCAUAACGACAAGGCAGUGACUUUCAUUAUGAAAGGAGGCUGGUAUGAUCAUAGUGCCGAUAUUGUCAAUCAUAAAACCGGCCAAACCGUGGCUCGCAUUGACCGCAAACUGCUUAGCGGCCGCGAUCUUGCGUUUGGGCAGCAGACCUACGCCGUCAUUGUGGCACCUGGUGUAGACGCAGCACUGAUCGCCGCCUUGUGUAUUUGUUUCGAUGAGAAGAACAAUGACGAACGUGGUAGGUAG